AUGCCAUCGUCGCAGUCCCGCUGGCUAUCGCACCGCGUUUCCGCUCGCCCCGCGUUCCUCGCUCUCGUCGCCGUCCUCGCCGCACUGCUCGCCGGCGGCUCGCUUCUGCUCUCGCGGUCGCCGCUGCCGCCUCUCGGCGACCUGCUUGCGACCACCGGCGACACGGGCGAUCGACCCCCAGACGACAGAGUGAGAUCUGAGCUGCUGGCCCAGAACGGGAGUGCGAUGGAGGGUGGCGGGGAGGCCGACAGCGCGGAUGGCGCGGAGAGAAGAGAAGCGGAGGAGACGAGGCGCACGGAUGAGGAAGAGGACGGUGGCGCGAGGGGAGAGACGGAUGGUGUGGCGGGGGAAAAGGAGGGCGUGAGCGGAAAGGAGGCUGUGCGUGGUGGCGAGGGGUUGAGAGAAACGGACAAAGUCGGAAUGGUGGAAUCGGAGAAGGGAAGCAGGGCGGGCAGCAGCAGUGGUGGCAGCAGCAGUGGUGGGAGCAGCAGUGGGGGGAGCAGCAGUGGUGGCAGCAGCAGUGGUGGGAGCAGCAGUGGGGGGAGCAGCAGUGGGGGGAGCAGCAGUGGGGGGAGCAGCAGUGGGGGGAGCAGCAGUGGUGGGAGCAGCAGUGGUGGGAGCAGCAGUGGGGGGAGCAGCAGUGGUGGGAGCAGCAGUGGGGGGAGCAGCAGUGGGGGGAGCAGCAGUGGGGGGAGCAGCAGUGGGGGGAGCAGCAGUGGGGGGAGCAGCAGUGGGGGGAGCAGCAGUGGGGGGAGCAGCAGUGGUGGGAGCAGCAGUGGGGGGAGCAGCAGUGGGGGGAGCAGCAGUGGGGGGAGCAGCAGUGGGGGGAGAGACAAGAUGCGAGUAAGGAAAGCAGGAGGGCCGGAGGGCAGCGAGGGAGGUGAGGAGAGCGAAGCAAAGAGGCGCAAGGAGAGGCGAGGGGAGCGGCGGGCAGGUAGCAGGGGCGAUGAGAGAAGCAGCAAGCAAGGGAGUGCACAAGGGGCAGCAGCACACACCACGACCCGAGACAAAGUGACUCUAGCGAAUGUGACUCAAGGCAACAUGACUCAAGAGACUGUCAUUCAAACGAACGUGACUCAAGACAAUGUGACUCAAAGCGACGUGAAUCAAGGCAACGUGACUCGAGGCAACGUGACUGAUGGCGACGGGAGCGAGCAGCAGGACGGGGUGAGUGCAGCGGCAGCAGCUCCUGCCAGUGCCGAGCCGGGCGCCUCAGCGUCACCACGAGCGCUGCACCCGGCAUGCGACCUGUCACAGGGCACAUGGGUACCCACCACCCAGCCGCCUCUCUACUCAGGGGCCAACUGCACGUGGGUGAGCCGGCAGUGGGCGUGCCGCAGAGCCACCGACCGCCCGUCCUUCAGCCACGAGGCGCUGCAGUGGCGCCCCUUGCACUGCGACGUGCCGCCCUUUGACCCGCUUGACUUCCUUGACCGCCUGCGCCACCGCGCCCUCGCCUUCGUGGGGGACUCGCUGGCGCAGCAGCAGUUCCAGUCGCUGCUCUGCCUGCUGGGCUCCGCCGUACCGCCAGGGGCCACGGAGGACGUGGCGGGCGAGUGGGGGUUUGAGAACCUGCCGGUGAAGAGCAAGUACAAGCGCAUGCGCCCCACCGGCUAUGCCGUGCGCUUUACCACCACCAACACCACCAUCCUCUUCUCCUGGUCCUCCUGCCUCUGUAAGAUAGCGCACUACAACAUGAGUGACAGGCUGGGCGGGGGGGCGGCCAUGCACGUGGACCAACCAGACGAGUUCCUGCGCUCCCACCUGGGGCGGCUGGACGUGGUCGUCAUGAACAGUGCGCACCACUGGAGCCGGGGCAAGGUGCGGGAGAGCAAGUGGGACGUGCACAUAGCAGGGCAGCCCGUGAACAUCGACGACCCCCACCUGCACCUCCACGUGCUCGUCCACGCCCCGCCGCUGCCCCACGCCCUCCGUGCGGAUAAUAACAGCAGCAGCAGCAGUGAGGGCGAGAGCAAUGGGACGGCCACCUGGGGAAGCAGGGUGGUGAUAGAGGGCAACAGUGACAUCAUGCACGCGCUGCAGCGCAUCGCCCUGCGCUCCACCAUGGCCUGGCUGCACCGCCACGUCACAGGCAUAGAGGCGGGCCACAGUGAUGGGGCUUCAGGGCACGCACACGGCGCACAGGGGAGUGGUGGAGGUGGAGGAGAGCCUGGGGGUGGGGAGGGCGGGGCAGGUGCAGAUGAGGGGGCCGGUGGUGGUGGGAGGGCGCAGAGGGGAAGGAGGGCGCCACUGCUGCUGCUGCGCACGGCGUCACCGCGGCACUUCUUUGACGGCGAGUGGAACACACGAGGUCACUGCGACCACAAACGCGACCCCCUGUCCCUGACCGACGUGCUGCCGCUCAACUCAUCGCGCGAUGCUGCAGCAGAGCAGGCGGUGGCGGGGCUGCCGUCGCUGCACCUGCUCAACACGUCGCACCUGUCAUCCUUCCGCCCCGACGCACACCCGUCACAGUGGGGGUACCUGCUGGACGGCGCCCACCAGGACUGCCUGCACUGGUGCCUGCCCGGCGUGCCUGAUACCUGGAACCAGCUGCUCUACGCGCACUUGCUGCUCAGGGACAUGCGCGAAGGGGGAGAAGAGGGGGGUGUGAUGCAGGUGCAGGGUGAUGGAGGGGAGAGAGGAGUGGAGGGAGGAAAGGGAGGGGGCGAGGAGAGCAGGAGAUGA